UGUAAACUAUCUUAGAGAUAGAGAUAAGAUAGGAGACAUAGGAUGGUAAGGAUACUAAUGACUUGUAUAUAAUCCAUGGUUGUCAUCGUAUAAACAGAGAAAGAGAAGCACAACCUAAAGCUUCUAAAAUUAUAUUCCAGUUAUAGUUUUCUUCAUGGUAUCCGAGCACAGGCUAAAUUAAAUCAACGAUCCUGAAGCCCUUUCCUUUCUCUCAAAACAGCCAUGGCCGCAUCUACAAGCACAACCCUAGCUCUUUCACCCUCUUCACUUCAUCAGCUUAUUGCAAUUUGUCCCAUUAAGCUAAAACCAUCAAACUAUCUUGCUUAGAGGACACAAAUCCUUCAACUUAUGCAAACGUUGAAAAUUGACAAGGUUAUUAAGGAGGACCCUUCAUCCGACACUAUGCAGGAUGACAAAGGAAUAAUCAAUGCGAACCCAAAAUUCACUGAGUGGGAAGAACAUGAUGUUCUUGUUAGGAGUUGGCUUUCCGGAACAAUGACAGAAGAUUUAAUGUUCCUCAUUAUAGGGUGUUCAACUGCAAAACAGAUGUGGACUUGUCUUGAGGAUAACUACUUACAAGCAAGCAAAAAUAAGGAAUUUCAGUUGAAGCAACAACUCCAAACUGUGAAACUGGGAUCCAAAUCCAUUGAUGAAUACAUAAAGGAAUUCAAAGGGAUUUGUGAUAGUCUCAUGGCUAUACAUAAACCAUUGGAUGAAGAUAGCAAAGUAAUUAAUUUUGCUAGAGGUCUUGGAAGUAAAUACAAGACCCUUCGCACUGUGAUGUUGGGUAAGCCACCAUACCCUACCUUUAAUCAGUUUGUGAAUGCCCUUAGGGGUUUUGAAAUGAGAGAAGAUGGAGAAGAAGACGAGACUCAAACUAACAUUAAUCCAGUCGGAGCCUUCAUGGCACAGAAAACUCAAGGGUGUGGCCGUGGAAUUUCGUUUAGAGGAAAGGGAAACCAAAGAGGAAGAGGUAAUAGGGGAGGUUUUAAUCAAAGACAGGUUACUACACACCCCACAGGAGCAAAUCAGUCAAAGGAGAACUCAAAAAAUAACCCUUGCUAGAUUUGUGGAAAGAAUAACCAUACAGCACUCUCUUAUUUCUAUAGGUGGGAUUAUUCUUAUCAGGCCGUACCACAAGCAUUAGCAGCUAUGUCAAUGAGUGAUCAACAUGACAAUCACCUUUACAUGGACUCAGGUGCUACCAAUCACAUGGUGCAAUCUUCAGGACAAGAGAAUGGGAACAAUUCUGGCAAUAGGGAAUAGAAGUCUUAACUUAUACACCUUGGAAGGAAAUUUGCAUGAGGCAUUGACAACUACAAAAGCAGAAAAGAACUCAGACACAAUAUGGCAUCAAAGAUUAGGGCACCCACAUUCUAGAAUUCUUAGUUUUCUACAUAGCAAUAAAUUGAUUGAUGUCAAAAGAUGGAAUAAGGAUUUCUCUAUUUGUACUAGUUGUCAAAUGGGUAAAAGUUGUAAGUUACCCUUUCAAGUGUCAAAUAAAAGAGAAAUUGAACCGUUAGCAAAAGUGCAUAGUGAUUUAUGGGGACCUGCUCCUGUUGCAUCUUCUCAAGGAAUAAAGUAUUAUGUCAUAUUUGUUGAUGAUUGCACAAGAUUUACUUGGCUUUAUCCUUUAAAGAAAAAAUCUGAUUUUCUAUCAACAUUUUAGUCUUCCAAAAACUGGUAGAAAAUCAAUUUUCAAGGAAACUAAAGGUAUUUCAGUGUGAUGGUGGAGGAGAAUUCAAUAGUCUAAACUUCAUCAAUUACUUGGCUCAAAAUGGUAUCAAAAGACAAAUUUCGUGUCCUCAUACUCCUGAACAAAAUGAAGUAGCAGAAAGAAAACACCGACACAUUGUUGAAACCGGGCUAACUCUGCUUUUUAAUGCAAAUUUACCAUUGUUCCUUUGGGUUGAAGCUUUUAUGACUGCAGUUUUCCUAAUCAACAGAAUGCCUACUUCUACUUGAGCAUGCAAACUCCAUUCUCUAAGUUAUAUGAAGAAGACCCUGACUACAACACCUUAAAAGUUUCUGGGUGUAGAUGUUUCCCCUAUCUCAAAGGUCAAAAUAAAGAUAAGUUUCAACCAAAGACAUUCCCUUGUGUAUUCAUAGGUUACAAUCUACUUCACAAGGGAUACAGAUGUUAUCAUCCUUAAACAAAAAAGGUUUUCAUCUCACGACAUGUUAUUUUUGAUGAAUCCUACUUACCAUUUGUGUCUCCUAGUGAUACUUUGUCUGCAGAUUCAAGUGCAUUGCACCUCGCUACCUAUCAGGAAUUUUUGACGAAAUCUGCUCCAUCACAUGAGUAGGCUCCAUCACAUGAGGAAGAUGCACUUCCACUUGAACACGUUUUGGAGCAAUCUGCUCCAGUAUCACGUGAUGACAAUGCAAUUCAAAGCGAACAAACACUAGACAUCCCUACUGCCCAUGAAAACACAUUUUUUCAACCAAUUGACCAUGACAUUACAUGCACUACGACAAGCCCCUUAGCUCCUUCAGUUCAGCCCAACGAACUGCACAUUCCAGGUUCCCCGAGUCUCAACACUCCUAGUCCUUCUUCACCUUGCACAACCAGUGCUUCGUCAACUAAACCAGUGGACCUCCCGCUACUGCCUAGCACCAUCCUUACCCAUGGAAACUCUCCAAAUCAUUCUCCAAAUAAUUCUAUGCAGCAUACUCCACCAAAAAGCUAUGCUAGAUCACCCGAUCCAAACAACACACAUCCCAUGCUCACACGAACAAAGACCACCGCUUCACAUAAUACAUCUUUCCAGUCCCUUACCGUUUCUACCAUACCAGACACCAAAGAACCCACAAACAUCAAACAAGCUCUAUCAAAACCGCACUGGUUGGCUGCAAUGAGGGAUGAAAUGCAAGCACUACAAUCCAAUGAAACUUGGUGUUUGAUACCUCGGGAACCUCACAUGAAUGUUGUCGGUUCAAAAUGGGUAUUCAAGACUAAACUUCAUGCUGACGGGUCUGUAGAAAGAUUUAAGGCGCGACUCGUUGCUAAGGGCUAUAAUCAAAUUGAAGGGUCGACUUUGAAGAUACCUUUAGUCCGAUCGUGAAAGCUACCACAAUACGCAUUGUUCUAUCUAUUGCCACGACCUUACAUUGGGACAUCAAACAAUUAGAUGUCAGGAACGCAUUCUUACAUGGGGAUCUAAAUGAGACAGUUUUCAUGGAACAACCGCCUGGUUUUAAAGAUCCGAUUUUCCCGAACCACGUUUGCUUGCUCAAGAAAGCUCUUUACGGCCUGAAACAAGCCCCAAAAGCUUGGUUUCAUAAGUUCAGUUCAUAUCUUCUUCACCUUGGGUUUUUUUGCAGUAAGGCCGAUUCAUCUCUCUUUGUAUUGCACUCAUCCAAGGGUAUUUUAUUGCUUCUCUUGUACGUCGAUGAUAUCAUAUUAACGGGCAACAGUUCUAUCCUCCUCUCUGAGCUUAUCGUCACACUGAAGAGUAGAUUUGCAAUGAAAGACAUGGGUGAUCUUCAUUAUUUUCUUGGUAUUGAAGUUCGCCGCAGCAGUGGUGGACUCUUUCUCAGCCAAAAUAAGUAUGCCACGGAUAUACUCGAACGUACUCAAAUGAUGGGUGCUCGGGCUCUCCAUACUCCACUUUCUCAAAAACACACUCUUCAUGAAUCUACUGGUGCCACUGGUGAUGCCUCGACAUAUCGAAGUGUCGUUGGUGCAUUGCAAUAUUUGACACUUACACGCCCUGAAAUAUCUCACGCAGUGAAUCGUCUGUGUCAGUUUAUGCACCAACCAACUGACACUCAUUGGUCUGGAGUUAAACGAGUGUUGCGCUAUAUUGCUGGCACUAAGCAGCUUGGACUUCGCAUCUCAGCACAAUCUUCUCUUAAUUUUGCGGGUUUUUCGGAUGCCGACUGGGUCGGUUGCCCCCUGACUAGACGGUCCACUACAGGUCUUUGUGUCUUUCUUGGCUCAAAUUGCAUAUCCUGGUCUUCAAAGAAACAAAAUACAGUGGCCAAAUCUAGUGCAGAGGUAGAGUACAGGUCGUUAGUUUCACUUGCUAUGGAGCUCACAUGGAUUACUUAUGUUCUGAAGGAUAUUGGACUGCCUUUAUCACGUCCUCCUAUUCUCUUCACGGAUAAUAUUAGCGCUCUGCACCUCACGACUAAUCCGGUGUUGCAUGCUCGCACAAAACAUGUUGAACUUGAUUACCAUUUUGUGCGUGAGAAAGUCGUCCAGGGAGCUAUAUGGUGACAAAGUUCAUUCCAUCACUGUGUCAAGUUGCUGACAUUUUCACAAAGCCUUUGCCCAAGCUCCAGUUUCAUACAUUACGGACCAAGCUAGGCGUCGUGCCAAACCCCGACACCAGCUUGCGGGGGGAUGUUAGACAACCACACAAAGACUCCUAACUUGUCCGUGUUUGCUACUGCUACUGGUGUCCUAGUUAGGAGACUCCUCUUAUAUGUAUUUGAUGUAUGUAAACUAUCUUAGAGACAGAGAUAAGAUAGGAGACAUAGGAUGGUGAGGAUACUAAUGACUUGUAUAUAAUCCAUGGCUGUCAUCGUAUAAACAGAGAAAGAGAAGCACAACCUAAAGCUUCUAAAAUUAUAUUCCAGUUAUAGUUUAAUUUCUUCAAUAAUGAGCGGUGUUGUUUAUAUAUGUAAUUUUUUCUUAUUUGCAGAUUCUUAUAUAAUACAAGAAGGGUUACUUUUCAAUUUUAUCAAAGGUUGGAUUCUUAUAGGAAGAAACAGUAGGUGUAAACCUAUGACCUCGUUUGCAAGAAUUUCUGCAGCUUCAACAUUAUACUUGUCCGCCAUAAGUUUACACCUACUGUUUCAUCACCAAAUUGGGUCAUUUGUACAAAUGUUCGAAUUGGAUCUAUUAUUUCUAUAGCUUUAAUGAUAUCAUUUUUUAGAUUUUCUCCAUUUUCUUAU